AUGUCCUCCUCUACUAGCUCCGCCAACCCCAACGGGACAUUGCCGGAAUCCCAGUCACCCCAACCCAUUGCACUCAUUGGAUAUGCCUGUCGACUGGCUGGACAGGUCUCGUCCCCCGGCGACUUAUGGGAGCUAUGUACUCGAGGUCGGAGCGGCUGGGCCCCCAUUCCCAAAGACCGAUUCUCCCCCGGGGCCUAUCAUCACCCCGAACCCUCCAAGGCGGGAACAUUCAACCCGGCAGGAGGUUACUUCUUAGACGAUGAGACCCUGUCUCGAUUUGACGCACCAUUUUUCAAUGUUACCGUCCAAGAAGCCGUGGCUAUGGACCCACAGCAGCGGCUCCUUUUGGAGUGCUCCUACGAGGCUUUGGAGAGUGCUGGCAUUCCCAAAGAGUCACUCGCGGGACGCAACGUUGGUGUUUUUGUCGGUGGUAACUUUGCCGACUAUGAACUUCGCAAUCUGCGUGAUAUCGAGACAGUUCCUCCUUUCCAGGCCACCGGUAACGCACCUUCGAUUCAAUCCAACCGAAUUUCCUACUUCUUUGAUCUGCAAGGACCUAGUCUCACUAUCGAUACUGCGUGUUCUUCGUCUCUGGUCGCAUUGCACUAUGCAGUCCAGAGUCUGCGCAGUGGUGAGUCCAAAGAAGCGCUGGUCGCUGGAUGCAGGUUGAACCUUCUUCCAGAUUAUUUUGUUUCAAUGUCAAUGUCUCAGUUGUUCAAUGAUGACGGAAAGACUUACUCGUUUGAUGAACGCGCCAAAUCUGGUUUUGCGCGAGGCGAGGGUGCAGGUGUCGUGCUUCUUAAGCCGCUCGACGCUGCCCUUCGUGAUAAAGAUCCCAUUCGGGCCAUAAUUGCUAAUACUGGUGUCAACCAAGAUGGACGGACCAAGGGUAUCACCUUGCCCAAUGGACAGGCUCAAGAGGACCUCAUCCGCCAGGUGUACCGGGAUGGCCACUUGAACCCAGAUGAGUGUGGUUUUGCAGAAAUGCACGGCACAGGAACCAAGGCCGGAGAUCCUAUUGAGGCGGAGGCCGUCCAUGGAGCCCUAGGCCAGAACCGCAACGCCAGGAAUCCGCUUUACAUUGGCUCCGCCAAGUCCAAUGUUGGUCACUUGGAAGGUGCCAGUGGUAUGGUCUCGAUCAUUAAGGCUGCCAUGAUGCUGGACAGAGGGUUGAUGCUGCCAAAUGCCGACUUCAGGAAGCCUAACCCCAAUAUCCCGCUGGCCGACUGGAAUAUGAAGGUCGUCACAUCAACCCGGCCCUGGCCUCGUGGCAAGAAAUAUAUUAGUGUUUCGAACUAUGGAUUUGGUGGAACCAAUGCUCACGCGGUUCUCGAGAAGCCUCCGCCACCAGUCGAGGCUGUGGAAAGCGCGGAUGAUGAUCUCGACCCUGCGCACAAGCUCUUCUUGAUCUCGGCCAACGACAAGGAGUCACUGAAGACAAGAAUCAAAGACUUUGGGGUCUACUUUGAACAGCGACCAGAGGUGUUUGAAAAAUCACUGUUUGGAAAUUUCGCCCACACUGUGGGCAGCAAGCUGUCUCACCUCGCAUACCGAGUUGCCCUUUCCGCCACAUCACUGGAUGAUCUGAGUAUUCGUCUGGCCCAGUUGAAAGCGAACCCCACUCGAGUCUUAGGAACGCCAACCGUGUCAUUUGUCUUUACUGGACAGGGUGCUCAGUGGGCCCAAAUGGGUAUGCCUUUGAUGAAAGAAUAUGCUGUCUUUGCGGAGGCAAUGGAGCGAGCUGAUGAGCACCUGCGACAUCUCGGAGCGGACUUCUCUCUCAUCGAAGAACUUGAGAAGGAUACUACCCACUCCCAGAUCAACUCGCCGCAUCUCAGUCAGCCCGCUUGUACGGCACUUCAGGUUGCCUUGGUGGAUCUUCUUCGAUCUUGGGGUGUCAAGCCAACUUCCGUUGUGGGUCACAGCUCUGGUGAGAUUGGUGCUGCUUAUGCUGCCGGUAUCUAUGACUUGGAAGCAGCUAUGGCACUGUCCUACCGCCGCGGUCAGAUGACCCAGCUACUGAAGGGCUCGUUCCCCUUGCUGCAGGGCACGAUGAUUGCUGUUGGAGCAAGCCCCGAUACUAUCAGACCGAUGCUGAAGACCCUAAAGGGAUAUGCAACUAUUGCUUGUGUCAAUAGUCCUUCCAGUGUGACUGUCUCUGGAGACACACAGGCAAUUGACGAGUUGGAGACUGUCUUGCAGGCCAAGCAACUCUUCAACCGGAAGCUAAAGAUUGAUGUUGCCUACCACUCUGACCACAUGAAGAACGUCGCAGAGGCAUACCUUACUUCGAUCGAGUCUAUCAAGCCUUCCAGCACGGCGACAGCCACAUUCUUCUCUUCGGUCACUGGCCAAAUUGCAGACCCAUCCGAGCUGGGUGCGGCCUACUGGGUACAGAACCUGACAUCUCCAGUCCUGUUCGCCAAUGCUCUUACCAAGAUGUGUGCCGAGGAAGAGUCUCGUCCCAACUUGCUUGUUGAGGUUGGCCCCCAUUCUGCUUUGAAGGGUCCCAUUCUUGACACGAUGAAGACUAUCGGCUCAAUCACUGCGAAGAUCGGAUAUACCCCUACUGUCGUUCGUAAUGCAGACCCCGCACAGUCUGUUUUGGAUGCUGCCGGUGCUGCAUUUGUUCGUGGAGUUACUCUUGAUAUCAAGAAGGUGAACUUCCCUGUUAGUGGUGGAAAAUCCCGAGCUUUCUUGCGGGACCUUCCUCGAUACCCAUGGCAGCACGGCACCAAAUAUUGGCACGAGUCUCGUAUCGCGCAAAAGCACGUCCUCAGAGAUGGAAUGCGAAAUGAUCUUUUGGGAGCACAGGCUUUCUACUCGAAUGACUUGGAGCCCACAUGGAGAAACAUUGUUCGCCUCGACGAUAUCCCAUGGCUCCGGGAACACAAGAUGCAGGGCAUGGCUGUGUACCCGAUGGCAGGCUAUUUGUCCAUGGCAGUUGAGGGUGCCAAGCGACGUGCUGAGAGCAGAGAUGCACAAUUCUCCCAGUUCGACUUCCGAGAGGUUAAGGUUGGUUCAGCUUUGGUCUUAAGCGACGAUUCCGACGCCGAAACCACCAUCACGCUUCGACCAUACACCGAAGGCACACGCGGUAACUCCGAUGUAUGGGAUGAGUUCCGCAUCUGCUCUUGGUCUACCAAGCGAGGCUGGACAGAGCACUGCACAGGACUGGUUCGAACACGCGUGAAUAAGAUGCAACAGACUGCCGUUUCCAACGUCGCUGAGACAGAGGUAAACCACUUCCAGAACCAGAUCGCAUCCGUGCGCACCGCAACAACGUACAGCAUUGACACCAGCAACAUGUAUCAGGUUCUGGCCGAGGUAGGAGCCGGCUAUGGGCCGGCUUUCCAAGGUUUGGAAAAUUGUUUCUCUAGUCCCAGUCACUCACGUGCCGAUCUUUAUGUUCGAGACACAAAGUCUAUGAUGCCCAAGAAGUUCGAGGCUCCCCUGGUUAUUCACCCGACCUUCUUGGAUGGUCUAUUGCACCUGGUUUGGCCGAUUCUGGGUAAUGGUAAAAUGGAGCUGGAGACACUUUACAUGCCUACUAUGAUCAAGAACUUGUCUAUUGCCAACAACAUUCCUUCGAACCCUGGUGAAUUUGUGAAAGCUUGGUGCAAUGGAGGACCGAUUCAGCAGACUCCCGAGCCGACCAAGUUUGAUCUUUGGGUUACUCCGGAGAACUCGACGGAAGUUUUGAUCUCCAUGGAGGGUCUGGUCAUGACUCCACUCAAGGAUGCUGGUUCCCUGCGUGGCUCUGAUGCCCGCGAUCUUUGCUUCAAGCUAGAAUGGACCCCACUCUCUCAGCUCGAGGGAGCUGCCAAUGGUGAAGCCAAGGAGCCAAAUGGCCAUGCCCAAACCAAUGGAGACUCAGCUGUGAACGGACAUGUCACCUCAGACGACAAACCUCAUGUUAACGGCAACGGUAACCUUCAUCAGAGCGAUGUCUUGAUCACGCAAUUUGGCAAGCUGAAUGGCACUGCUGAGAAACUGAGCAGCGCAAUUUCAGCCGCGACCAGCAGCUGGCUGCCAUCAAUUGCGGCUUUUGACGGAGUCGACUGCGCGAACAAGCAUGUCAUCGUGCUCCAGACCGGAGACGAGACUCUGCGCGAUCUCACCCCGGAGGUCUUUGAAAGCAUCAAGAAGACUCUACUUACUGCGUCCCAUGUGAUUUGGGUCUACCGCGAAGAUACUCCUGAUGCACACAUGAUCGUCGGUUUGACUCGCAGUCUGCGGUCUGAGGCGCUGUCCAAGGUUGCUACUCUCGGCAUCAACACGGCAGAGCUCGACAACGCAAAGCCUGUCCUGGCUGCUAUCGAGGCUCUGUGGCCCACUGAUGGUGCGAAGCCGAGCAAGGAUUUCGAAUUCAAGGCCAAGGGUGACGAGUUGCUUGUCCCCCGCGUUGUCGAUGAUGAUGUCGCUAAUGCAUUUGUUCACAAUGAGACCCAUGAGCAAACUAUCACGACUCAGCCAUUCAUCCAACCCGGCCGUCGCUUCAAUCUCCAGAUUGCAAGCCCCGGAUCUCUGGACACCUUGUAUUUCAAAGAAGACACCCCUGAGCCACUGGCCGAUGACGAUAUCGAAAUCGAAGUCAAAGCUACUGGCCUGAACUUCAAGGAUAUUGUGGUCACUAUGGGACAGCUUGCGCAACCAUACAUUGGAAUCGAAUGCAGUGGUAUUGUGACAGCGGUCGGAAAAGAUGUCCAGCACCUACAGGUCGGCCAAAGAGUCAUGGCCCUGCCCCUGGGUGCCUACUCUACAUACGCACGAUGCAAAGCCACCAGUGCCGCACCCGUUCCGAACUUCAUGUCGUUCGAGGUCGCUGCUACCGUUCCAGUCGUCUUCUGCACAGCUUACUACGCUCUGUUCAACCUUAGUCAACUCCAAGCCGGUGAAAAAGUUCUCAUUCACGCCGGUGCAGGUGGUGUCGGACAAGCAGCUAUCCAGCUCGCGCAGAUCAUCGGAGCCGAGAUCUUUGUGACAGUCGGCAGUGUUGAUAAGAAGCAGUUCCUCAUCACGCAGUACAAUAUCCCCGAAGACCACAUCUUCUACAGCCGUGAUGUGUCUUUCGGUCAGGGUAUCCGCAGAGCCACGAACAACAAGGGUGUGGAUGUGGUGAUCAACUCGCUGGCGGGUGAUCUCCUUCGCGAGACCUGGGAGACUCUUGCCCCAUUCGGUCGCUUCGUUGAGAUUGGCAAGGCUGAUAUCACGAAGAACACUCGACUGGACAUGCUGCCCUUCGAGUACAAUGUGACUUUCUCGUCGGUCGAUCUUACUAAGGUCGCAUCUUACAAGCCGGUUCUGAUGAAGACUUUGUUGGACGAAGUUUCUCACAUGAUGAGCAAGGGCUCGCUCAACCCUAUUAUGCCUCUGACCAGCUACAGGAUCUCCGAGUUGGAGGCUGCUUUCCGGACGUUGCAGACCGGAAAGGCGAUGGGUAAGAUCGUUGUUGUUCCCCAUGUCGAGGACCAAGUCAAGGCCGUUGCACCAAAGACUAGCUCCUCCCUACUCAAGGCUGAUGCCUCCUACAUCCUGAUCGGUGGAACAGGUGGUCUUGGCCGAAGCAUGGCGAAAUGGAUGUCAUCGAAGGGAGCACGAAACAUCGUCCUCGUAUCCCGCCGAGCAUCAGUCAACGACAAAGUCCAAGCUCUAAUCGACGAGCUAGCUGUCGACGGAACCCAUGUCACAGUGAAGGCUUGCGACGUGAUCGACAAGCAAUCCGUCUCGACCCUCAUCAAUGAGGACAUGAAAGACUUACCCCCAGUCCGCGGUGUCGUCCACGGAGCAAUGGUCCUUCGCGACAUGCUCUUCGAGAACAUGACGCUAGACGACUUUAACUCGGUCGCAGCAAGCAAGGUCGAAGGAGCCUGGAACUUCCACAACGUCCUCUCAGACACAAAGCUCGAUUUCUUCAUCGCGCUCUCCUCUGUCGCCGGUGUGAUCGGCAACAGAGGCCAAGCAGCCUACGCAGCAGCCAACGUCUUCCUAGACGAGUUCAUGUCCUACAGACGCUCCCUCAACCUCCCCGGAACUACGAUCGACCUAACAGCAGUUAGCGACGCCGGCUACCUAGCCGACGUAGAUUCCAAGCGUCUCGCCGAAGUCCUCAAGAACAUCGGCAGCGACACAAUGGACGAAGGCGAGGUUCUCGCGCUAUUUGGUGCAGCCAUUACCGGUGAUCUCGGCAACUCAUGCUCAGGUCAAAGCAUCACGGGUCUCAGCUUGGGUAAAACACUAGACCACUUCUGGGCGCAGGACGCCAAGUUCAGUGGACUCUACGAAUCUGCUAAAGAGAAGUUGGGCAGUGGAGGCGGUCCAUCUGGACCUUCUGUGCCGCUGAAUGUGCAGCUGGCUAGCGCUGAGAACAAGGAGACCGCGUUGCACAUCUGUUAUCUUGCUCUGGCGGCUAAGUUGGCUCAGGUGCUGCAGAUUUCGCUGGAGGAUAUGGAUCCUUCUGUCACUGUUUCGUCGCUUGGAUUAGAUUCCUUGGUCGCUAUUGAGAUUCGCAACUGGAUUGCUAGGGAGGCGAAUGCCAAUGUCCAGGUUUUGGAGUUGUUGUCUAGUGGUUCGUUGAUGGCUUUGGCAGAGAUUAUUUUGGCCAAGUCGCAGGCUUAG